UGUUCGAACUAACUUCUAAGAUGAACCAUAACCAGCAACAGCACAUCAAUCAACCUUCAGGUGCAUGCCAACCACCAUCAGCAGCAGCAGGACCCUAUGUAGUUCCACAGCCGGCCGGUUACCCGGUGAACGGAGGCGACUAUUCCCAAAAGCCUGUUGCUGUCGAAACCAAGUCCAGAGGUGAUGGAUUCUGGAAGGGUUGUGCUGCUGCACUGUGCUGUUGUUGCCUUCUGGAUGCAUGCUUUUGAAGAUUUACACACAGCUUUUACGUUCAUCGGAGUUUAU